GCCAGUCAAGCCGUCGUCGGGUAGGAGGAGAAUCAGCGGAGUUUGGGACCUCACACAGCAAAGACGUGGCUACUGUCGAUCUUCUCAACGUUUCCCCAAUGCCCUCCUCUCAUCUGUCUUCAAUGCUUUGGAUGGCCAAGCUCAAGCGAUGGAGAUGGAUCCCACUUUUGCGCAAUCCAUUCAAUCUCCCUCCUCGUCGGAGACACUCAUUCUCCUGGGGCAUGGCAUCACGGACAUGACCAUCGAGACAAUUCACGUCAUCUUCACCAAGAUCGGCGUUUACUUUGCUCCGGAAGUCAAGGAUCAUCUCCAGUCCUUCAAGUGCCUCCCGGUAUCCGAGCUCCUCAAGGAUGGCAGUGAGUUUUUCCAGCAGCUCAUACAAGCUCCGGUUUCUAAGCUCAUCAAGAUCUUGCUCGUCAAGGGGCAACUUGGGAGCCAGUACGCAUCCACAAUCGAGACUAGCAUUCGCGACAGGCUAGCCUACGAUGACAAAUACGAGGAGGACGAGGAGAUAGCUCUCGCAAAUCUCUGCGAGUUCUUCCAGAGCAAGAAACUGGAGCCAAACUCCACCAUCGUCUACUCCUGGCCAUCGUCAAGCUCUCACGUUGAGGUUUUCGUUCGCGAGGAAGGAUCAAAAGCUCCUUCCAGAUUCAUUGUCAACAACGAGAACGUUUCCACUUCCAUUAUCGAGUGGAUUUUGGGAGAAAACUGCAUGACACCCUCCACUGUAGAAUCUGUGGCCAAGAGCAUCGCUACUGAGUGCUAGUCUAUGAUUAAUCAAUCAAAUCAAAAUCAUUUGAAUAAAA